UCUGCAAGACACUCCCCCUAGCUCAUUACCUCUAAGCUAGCUGAGCUAGCCAGCCACAUCCACUCCGAAGUUUGAGCAGCUCUGCACUGCAGCAGGAAAACAAGAUGAGUCUUGGCAAAGUUGCAAGAAAGCUGAAGCGUGUAGGGAAGACUGCAGUUCAGUUCAGGUUCACUUCAACCUUUGAGUACAUUGAUCUGAGUGUCAAAGGGUCAUGGAGACCAGACAAUUUGCGGAUCGUUUGGUUGAGAAACCAUAGGAAAGUCAAGUCACAAGAUGUGCAAUGGAUACCCAAAGAAGAUCGUGGGCCUAAAGGGGCGGAAGGGAGGGCGUCGUUUGAUCCUAUCAUAUCCGUGGCUCUCAUCGUGACACUGUAUCGAGAGCAUGGCCAGGUUUCGUUUCAAGAGAAGGAGUACAAAUACUACCUGGAGAAUCAUGGCCCCAAUGGGAAGAAAAUUCUCGCCUCAUUUCAUUGUAACAUGUCCGACUAUGCGGGAAUCCCCACAGCUGAACAUUCACUGGAUAUGAAUUUCAACUCUGUCUCGGUGAAAGUGCAACAAGCAUCUCUGGGGAUCACUCUCAAGUCAGAGUUUAUCAAACAAGGCAGUGCAGUAGAUGAUGACAUGCAGAGCACGUUCAGUGCAAUGAGUGCGGGUACAGACGCAUCACAUCGUGAUGAUGACACCGACGAAGAAGAGGAGGAAAUGCAGAGGCUCAGCAUUGUUCAAGAAGACGUUGAUGCUGGUGCGGGCCGGGCAAAACUUGAAGACAGUGUGCAAUCUGUGUUAGUCCUUGGUACUGGUGAGACUCUCAAACGAAACCACCUCCCCGUACAAGCUCCGCCCAAACCAUCCCGCAGUGCCAGCGUUAAAAGUCACAAUAAAAUUGAGAAUUCUCCUGACGAUGUACCAACUAAAUCUGCCAAAGAGCCUACUAAACCUGCUGAACUGGAUCCUUUGUUGACCAAUGAAAUUUCUCAACCACCGGCUAUCAGCAACGAGAACCACACACGCCCUCAACCCCAGUCCAUCAGCAAUGGGAACCACACACCCCCAGCCCCUGUUAGUGAUGUGCUUAUUAGUGAGCCUCAGGCAAAUGAUGUGCUCGAGAGUGGAGAAGUCCCUGUUGUAAGUGUUCGAAAGAAGGCAGCAAUUGAGGAGAAGAAAAUCGACCAGGAAAAUAAAAUUGCAACUGCUACUAACGGCCAACAAAAGGAAUCAUCUCCUUCGCCUAUAAAAAAGGAAUUACUAGUGAAGGAGAAAAUCGAGAGCGUGGUAACAAAGAAAGACACAGUUGUUAAAGACGACAGGCCAACUCUAACCAGUGAACAGUCUAAACCAACUAUUGAAGGUACAUGUAGCAACAGCUCACAGGAUAUGAAAGACAAGCCCACAACUCAACCUGACGUCAAACAAAACACGAGAGAAGACACUCCUGUCGAGCAGGACAACCCGAAAGCAACGAAUGGGAACAGUCUAAUCGAAUCGGACGAGCCUAAACCAAAACCACAGGCUAGCCAAGAGUCGGGCGUAUCAAACGGAGGGGGAGGGUUCGACGACUACGUGUUUGAGGCGGCUAGGUCUUUAGCUCAACUAAGGAAGAGCAGUGAAGCCUCUAAAACAGAUGACGCUGUACCAGUUCGUAAGGGGGUGCAGUCUCAGGACGAGUAUCGCCCACCCCCAAACCCGUAUCUGGAUGAUUCUUCAGAGAUAGAGGAAUCAAUGGAGCCCCCCUCACCCACGGCCAGUUGGCUGGGGGAGAAGGCCUUGUUUGUGGACUGUUUCGGUGAGGCCGUGGGGAGAGAGAAACUGGACAGAGCUGAGAUCAUUGCUCUGUACUUCUCGGCCAGUUGGUGUCCACCUUGCAGACGAUUCCUUCCAAAACUUGUCAAGUUUUACCAUCACGUAAAACAGCAUGCAAAGUCAUUCGAAAUCCUCUACAUCUCAAGUGACUACUCAAGACAAGACAUGAUGAAGUACAUGCAGCAGCAACAGAUGCCGUGGGUUGGACUCUCCUUUGAGGGGAAACAAUCUCAAGAUCUCCAGAAAUUCUUCAAGGUUAUGGCCAUUCCCCAGCUGAGGGUGGUCACUACAAAAGGAGAACUGAUUGAGGAGUCGGCCAAAAAGCCAGUUGAGGCUACCAGCAGUGGUUCGGAUGUCCUGAGGCUGUAUAACAAAUGGUACGAGAAGGUGGAGCCAACUGAGGGCACCAAGGAGAAGGGCCUCUUCCAGAAAGUCAAAAAAGCCAUUAAAGACAGAACUGGCAGUUCACAUGACAUGGCUGAUACAGGUACCUCCCUGUCAAAGUCUAAGGAAGAUUUGACGGGUACAAGACACGUAGUAGUUCAAAACCGAGCAGCAAGAGGCCGCAGCACACUAUCCACUAAAAACAAGACAAAGGAGGUUUUGCUGGAGGAGAAGGAGGAACGAGUUCGCCAUCUUGAAGAAGUGAAUAUGGCUCUUAAGCAGACCAACGAUGAUCUCAAUGAAGAGGUGGCGGACUUGAAGAAACAGCUAGCCGAGCUGCAAACACGGAUGGACCAGACAGAGCAAACCAGUAUGCAGCUGGAGAAGGACAAACGAGAAACUGUUGCCAAACUAAGUACGAGAGGCUGGCUUUGCAAGAGGGGGGUCAAAGGUCCUACUGCCAAUGUGUGGAGAAGACGUUACUUCAGGUGUGACCAAGGCUCCAAAGUAUUUUACUACAAGAAUGCUUCUGAGGGCACUCCACAGGGGUUCAUCGAUCUAACCAAGUUGAUCAGCCUGCAGGAAGUGAGCCCAGCCCAACAAGACAAGAACAACGCCACCUUUCUUGUGCAGUGUGAUGGACGUACCUACCAGCUACAAGCAUUAGACGAGGCCAACAUGAGGAAGUGGAUGAGUGCUAUAGAAUAUCUGGCUAACUGGCACAGGACUAAUACACUGCAGAAUGGAGCCACUCCAUAACUAAGACAAUUACUCUAUGAGACUCGCCAACUCCAUAGCAAACAAUGACUCUACGACUGUGUGUGUGUGUGUGCCCAAAAUUUUAAUUUUGUGUGUGUGUGUUGGAUUGUUUUGACCCUUUGACUAUUAUUUCUGUUCACAAUUAAUUUGGUAUAAUUAUAAUUCAUGGAUCGA